AUGAGUCUCGAAAACCGCAAGGAUAAACGGACUGCCAGAUUUUGUUUGCAAACCAGAUCUUACACUUCCACUAGAGCUUUCCUGGCUUAUUUCCGCUGGAUCUUGCACAAUUGCAUAAUCUUUAAUUCGUCUCACUCAAAAUUGACUAGCACGGCAAGAACGUUGAUGAAGGUGUGUAAACAUGAAAUGGCUGAGAUUGAUACUUGUGCCGAUUGCUAUGUGCAUGCUCACACCAAACGAGAAACCUGGUUCCUGGAACCGUGUCAAAGGCCUCAUCUACUGCUCUGGGCCAAACUCAAAGGGUUUCCUCAUUGGCCGGCUAAAGCGAUGAAAGCAAAUAAAGAAGGCAAUGUGGACGUGCGCUUUUUCGGUGCACACGAUCGAGCUUGGGUGCCCGCCAAAGAUUGUUUUUUGUACAGCCGCGAAAUGCCUAUGCAGUUAAAAAAUCAGCGCAAAGCAAAUUUGAUUGCUUCAGUUGAAGAAGUUGACCAACACAUCAAAAAGCUUGUUGAGCGCUACGGUUCUUUCGCUUACCCCUCGCCACGUACGGCUUACAACCCAAAUAAGGAGGACGAGCAAUUACAACAACUUAUUCCUGGUUAUAAAGUAUCAGAACACUCACAAAGCUCACUAUGCAAGUCUGGCCGAGUUGGGGAGUCUGGUGAAGCGGAAUCGAUGAAUUCUGAUUCAGAUGCAGGAGAUGCUGCCGAUAACGACCUGAUUCCUCAAGCUAACCUGCCUGAAGGUGAUCGUACAGAAGAAAAUCGUUCUGAAGGUCGAAACUUCUUGGCCAUGUUACAACUUGCACCUCAAACUGCUGCCGAAGCUGCUACGCCAAGAACAGCUACUCCCACUUCAACAUCCGCAUCACCGACCCCGAGUCAGAAUAUGGCUCCUGUUUCAGUCUCUAAACAACCAACGCCCAAUACGACAUCGACUGCUGCCGUAAAAGUACAGGUUAAAAAUAGCAAAACUGGACGUGUUGCCAACACUAAAACGAAUUGCGGCGAAACAGUUGAAGAUGUGCUCACCAAAAAUGCAGGUGCGCCUGCGAACGAUAACAGUAUCAAUGAAGCUGCUUGUGAAAUCAUCAAAUUAACCAAACCUCAACUAGCUUCGCCGUCACGAAGAUCCUCGACAUCGAAAGAGAUCCCUGCUGUGAAAACGGAACCUGCAGAUCCUGAAGACGAAGAUGAUUCCUGUUCCGUGACGGGAUCCAAGGCUUGUUCAAUUUCCCUAGCCAUCGAUAAUUUUGUCGGAAACUACAAGCCUACAGUGGUUGUGAAACCCAAACCUGAAGCAUCAACGAAAUCUACUCCAAAGUCUGUCGGCAAACCUACCUCUUCCAAACCAUCGGGUUCUAAACCAUCGACUCAAAAGCUCCUGGCCAGAUCCACACCUAAGACUACUCCAAAUCGACCUUCGGGUGGGAAAAUUAUUUCUGCCUCGAAAAUGAAUGCUAAGGCGAAUCGUCGUCUGGUUGGUGAUGACGAGGAUGAAGAUCUCGACCCGGCAAUGUACCUGGAUCCCACGAUCACAAUAACUCUGAUUAAUAACGAUGAGAAGAAAGCAGUGAGCAAACACGUCAAUGAUGUUUCGAGUGCUAGUUCUAUUAGUUCCAGCGACCUUCAGGCCUUGAAUGCUCUGGGAGAGAAUGUGUCCAUCACAGUUGUGCCUAAAAGAAAAGUGGGAUCAACACCAGCAGGCGGUGCUAGAUCUAAGGAGAACGAGGCUGUAGACCAACCUAUGGUGAUCGAAGUGGAUCCAGCCGCUCUUCAAAAAGCUAGACUACCAACUCAACCAGCAAAAGCGCGCAAGUCCUUUCCUGCCAAAGCACGCCAAUUUGGCCAUCCAGGACAACCUUCAUCGCAAAAAUCCUCUCAGAAACAUCCCGUACCUCCUAUGGUGUCGAUUCCCAGUCGUCACUUGGGUAUGGAGAUCGCCCGACCAACAACUCAGCAAUCGACUUCAACUCGCAUUCCUUCAAUUACCGUCCGACCUGUGACGCAGAUGCCUGCAGCCCAACCUAGCAUCAUUCUUCAGCCAGGUUCUUCUGAUACAGCAUCCAUCAGUGCGAUUACUGCUGCCAUGAAACAACCGAAUUCAUCAUCAGCGACGACAGCCAAUAGUACCGGCAGUAGUACUCUUACUCUGAACACGAUGCAUACUGCUGGUCCGGAAUCGGGAUUUGGGACUGGCGGACGUUUGCUCACCUUUAAUCGCUCUGCGCCCACGUUUGCAGCAACAGGUGCGAAUUCCACUUCGUCUUCAGCUCAGGUGCAAAACAAAGAAAGAUUCAGCAUCGAACGGAUUUUGGUGAUGGGAGCAACCGGUUCCGGCAAGACGACGCUCAUCAAUGGCAUGAUCAACUACAUUUUCAACGUGCAAUGGGAGGAUACCUUCCGCUUCCAGCUGAUUCAAGAACAGACGGCCGGCCGCUCCCAAGUUGACAGCCAGACCAGCCGCAUCACGGCCUACGACAUCAAUCACGCGGUCGCUGGCCAUGACAGAAGACUUCCACCAACCUUCAUUUCUUCUUAUGCUGCUACACUACUUUUCUUGCUUCACUGA